AUGGUUGCUAGAUUGUUUUCCGUCACCAAGAGAGCUACUCUGAAGGCUGCCAGAGCCAAUUUGGCCCUUCACAGAUCCUUGGCAACUGCCGGCCCAGCCUCUGGUAAGAUCAGAGCUGUUAUCGGUGCCGUUGUCGACGUCCAGUUCGAACAAGGUGAAUUGCCAGCUAUUUUGAAUGCAUUGACCAUCGACCAAGGUAACAACCAAAAGUUGGUCUUGGAGGUCGCCCAACACUUGGGUGAGAACGCCGUCAGAGCUAUUGCUAUGGAUGGUACUGAGGGUCUCGUUAGAGGUCAAACCGUCCUUGACACUGGUUCUCCAAUUUCCGUCCCUGUCGGAAGAGGUACUUUGGGUAGAAUCAUCAACGUUGUUGGUGAGCCUAUUGACGAGAGAGGUCCAAUUGAGUGCAAGCAAAGAAACCCAAUCCACACUGACCCACCAGCUUUUGUUGAGCAGUCUACUGCUGCUGAAAUCUUGGAGACUGGUAUCAAGGUUGUGGACUUGCUUGCCCCAUACGCAAGAGGUGGUAAGAUUGGAUUGUUCGGUGGUGCCGGUGUCGGUAAGACCGUUUUCAUUCAAGAGUUGAUUAACAACAUUGCCAAGGCUCACGGUGGUUUCUCCGUUUUCACUGGUGUGGGUGAGAGAACCAGAGAAGGUAACGACUUGUACCGUGAAAUGAAGGAGACUGGUGUCAUCAACUUGGAGGGUGACUCUAAGGUCGCCUUGGUGUUCGGUCAAAUGAACGAGCCACCUGGAGCUAGAGCCAGAGUUGCUCUUACUGGUUUGACCAUUGCCGAGUACUUCAGAGAUGAAGAAGGUCAAGAUGUGUUGUUGUUCGUUGACAACAUUUUCAGAUUCACUCAAGCUGGUUCUGAAGUGUCUGCUUUGUUGGGUCGUAUUCCUUCUGCCGUCGGUUACCAACCAACUUUGGCCACUGAUAUGGGUUUGUUGCAAGAGAGAAUUACCACCACUAGAAAGGGUUCCGUUACCUCCGUCCAGGCCGUUUACGUGCCAGCCGAUGAUUUGACUGAUCCUGCUCCAGCUACUACCUUCGCCCACUUGGACGCUACCACUGUGUUGUCCAGAGGUAUCUCUGAGUUGGGUAUCUACCCAGCUGUGGACCCAUUGGACUCCAGAUCUAGAUUGCUUGAUGUUGCCGUUGUUGGCCAAGAGCACUACGAUGUUGCCACCAACGUCCAGGAGACCCUGCAGGCUUACAAGUCUCUCCAAGAUAUCAUUGCUAUUUUGGGUAUGGAUGAGUUGUCUGAACAGGACAAGUUGACUGUUGAGAGAGCUAGAAAGAUCCAGAGAUUCUUGUCUCAACCAUUUGCCGUUGCUGAGGUUUUCACUGGUAUUGAGGGUAGAUUGGUCAGAUUGAAGGACACUGUUGCUUCUUUCAAGGCUGUCUUGGAAGGAAAGUACGACCACUUGCCUGAAAACGCAUUCUACAUGGUUGGUGGUAUUGAAGAUGUCGUUGCCAAGGCCGAGAAGAUUGCUUCCGAGACCAACUAG